UCCAUCCGAAAGUAGCAGCGUAGUAGCAGUGCGUUGCCUCGUGUUGUAGUCUGCGCUUGAGCCCUUGAACGUCUCCUUUAAGUUUAUAGCAGUGUAUAUUCGCUUGUACAUCAGAAACAUGCAAGCACUUCGCCGGCCCUUUCAAAGUGCUGUGAUGUGUUACUUACGAACAGUACCGUGGCAAGCUCGUGCAUCGAGUGACGCAAGUUGCCCUGUUGUGUGUGACAAGCAAGGUCGCAUCCUUCUCGUGGGGCUGAAUCGGCCCGAGAAGCGCAACUGCCUCAAUGUUGCAGCCGCGCAGCAACUUCUGGAGGCCUUCCACGAAUUCGAUCGUGAUGACAGCGUUGAUGUGGCUGUGCUUCAUGGCAAAGGUGGCAGCUUCUGUGCCGGCUAUGACCUGUCAGAACUUGCAGAGGACAGUCCAGAUGACUGGCCUGAGUGCGUUCCGGAGACAAGGAAGCCAACGGUCGCCGCGGUGAGCGGCUAUGCAGUUGGUGCAGGCAUGGAGCUGGCCCUGUGGUGUGAUUUGCGGGUAGUUGAUGAGACAGCUGUCAUGGGCCUCUUUGGACGGCGCUUUGGAGUGCCGUUAAUGGCCGGAGGUUCGGCGCGCUUGCCCGCCCUGAUUGGCCUGUCGCGGGCUCUGGACCUCGUCCUGACUGGGCGGCCAAUCUCAGCAAAGGAAGCCCACGAGAUCGGCCUUGCGAAUCGCAUGGUCUCCUGCGGAACUGCCCUGGGCCAAGCCAUCAGCCUGGCAGGCAGCAUCGUCAAGUUCCCGCAGGGCUGUGUGCAGGCGGACAGGGCGGCCGUCUACAAUGCCAGCUUUCACAGUCGAGACCUGUCCGAGGCCCUGGUCUUUGAGCGGCAGAUGGCGCGAGGGGUUCUUCACUCCGAGGCAGUUCAUGGGGCAAGGCGGUUCCUCUCUGGUGUUGGCCGGCACGGCAGCUUCAACCUUUUGCGUUCUUCCAGUGACCCAGCAUCCAAGUCAUGACAGCUGUUCAUUCGCCUCAUAGGAGAUAACGUCGAAGUAUGUAACGCUCGCAGGAAUGUGAAAGCUUACUGCAGGCAGUGAGGAGUUCUAAAAAAUGAGUUCCCCAUGUUGUACUGCACUUCCUACUUAGUGUGUAACGUACGUAGCAGAACCUAUGCAAGUAGUGCAGUCACACAAGUCUCCCUCCACAUGUUUCACGGUGAAGUUGGUUUAAAUCUAGGACAUCUUCUGUAAAAUCACUAUAUUAUACAUUACCUACAACUCGAAGACAAGUUUACGUGACCUUAUGUGCUUCGUGCGUGUUUGUCUACUCCCAGUAUGUGGCAUACAUAGAGUCUCUUACGGUAUUAAAGAUUCAUCUGCACCACCAUCUAUACGAGUGUCCUAGCGGGCGCUGGACCAGCUUGGGAAUGUUGGGUUGUGGGUGUGCUAUGCUUUGUCUCGAGUGUGGCUUAGCCUAAAACAUGGUCAUGACUGUAUAGAUAAAGCUUUCUUAAAACAAGAUCAUCAGAAAGUAAACUUAAAAUAAAAAUAAAUGUCAAAAGCCUCCAAUAAAGUUUUCUCACCUCACACAGCGUGAGCAAAAAAGAAAAAACAAAAACAAUGAGAUAAAUACAAGAAUAGAAGACAAAGUGUCAUAAAGCAUGUACAGUGCUCACGGAAUGAAACGCGUCAAUUUAGGGCUAGGUAAUGCGCAUACUUUCAUUUCAACCGGCUGGAGUUCGUGUCACACCGACGUAAUUCUGGCGCGUACACUUACAUCGGGGUCCUCGUCACCUUUGGUGACCAAAUUAUUAGCGACAUGACAUGGUGCUCCCGCAUACUUCGCACAUAUGUAGGGUUCUACUAAAUGCUCCGUGUCCCAUUUCAUUCCGUGAGCACUGUACAGACCUUGUCUUCUGUCCUCCAACGUUAGCAGCCUGCAGGUGUUUUUGGUUAUAUUAAAGGAAAAAAACCUCUUUGCGUGCUGUUUUCGUUGAGGAUGAGCCAUUAUGACAGAUGGAACAAUGCUAGCCAGGAAAUGUGCCCUUGCUCUCCGAAAACAAUGCAAAUCCAAAGCCACCGCAACUCAGCAUUCCCAUGCACACAACAGCGGCGCAGCACCUGUUUUCCCUUGAGGUAAUAUGGUAAGAAACAUGCUCUGUUGUAAGUGAUGUGUGCUGCAUUCACGUCGUGUGUGUGUGUGUGCAAGCAGUGCACCGUGGCUACAGGACCGCGCCACUCCGCUCGUUUGGUGGUAAAUAGGUUCAGACAUGCGAUGCCUUUAGUUUAAUAAUUAACAUAUCAUAUUUCACAGCAUAAGGGUACGAGACAAUGUUACGUCGAACUACAUGAUGCGUGCCUGUAUAUUUCUUUAAUAUGUGACGCACUAUUUUUUUUGUAGCGAAUGCAAGAAGCCUGUCUAGUAGUUGCAGCAUUGCCUGCUCUGUAGGAGACUAAGUGUGGGGCUUUGUGGACAUAAAGUGCCUCCUAUUCAUCCUGCCCUCUUCAAGCUUGAAAGUGCGUGCACCUGCACUUCUUAGCAACGUGUUGCAAGCAUUGGCCCUCUGUCAACAAUGUACGGUGGAGCACAGUAGCUCAUUGACAAAAGAAUGUGUCCAAAAGGACACUACAUCAUGAUUCUGGUCUGACAUGCUAUUCUCUUAAGUGUGUGCUGUCCCUGCCGAUUGUCAGCUCGCAGUUACACGAGGUUCACAGAGACGAGUGGUUGCGAGUAGCAUGUGCAAACAGCUCAGGAUGAAUGCACGCCACUCAGCAGAGCAUGCCAUCUUAGAAAGGCUUCUGGCGGACUGUUAGGUUUCUUCAUGGUUGCAACAGGCACAGCUGUGAACAGUUGUGUGCUGAAAAAAAUGCACAAACAGUGAUUGUGUGUCAGCACCUUUGAGCAUAUCCGCACUCUUUGCACUCAGCUCGCUGCAGGGCUUUAUACAUGAGGCAUCUAUAUUAAGCCACAAGGUCCAUUUGAUUUGCCUGCACUUUCGGAAUCAGUUCAGGAGGUGCUGCACUUUGCCUUUCCUUCCGCCAGUUCGGUUUGGUGUCAUCUGCAUGUCGCCAUUAAUUUCGCCCAGAGCGGGGUGUAGGACAAGGUGCCGUGCCAGUUGUUCCAUGCCAGUUCUGCAUGAGUAAGAACUGGCGCUGCUGGACUGUCGCGACUUUGCAAAGUGCAGAGCAACAUGCCUUCCCUGGUAGCCCUGUUGUACUCUAUUAAUAACAGUAGUCAUCUGUCUGGCUUGCAUUUCCUUUCUUAAAACUCUGUGCUUGCUACUGUCCUGUCCGGAAUGCUGUCACGCUGAUAACACACAUGUGGUUCACGGUGUGAAAGAACAAAGUGCGCAGCGUUCAAAAAAGAAAAAAGCAUGCAAGGUGGAUGACAAUUAUUGUUUGGGGACAAGUAAGGUCCAAAGGGUGCAGACUUUUUUUUUAGCACUGCUGAGCUCAAGGGUUCGAUCCUUGUCACAGAGGCCUUGUUUUGGUGAAAUGCAGCAACGCUCUUGGUUUAGGCACACGUGAAACCACCCCAAGUGGUCAAAACUAAUCUGGAGCCCCACUAUGGCAUGCCUCGUAAUCAGAUUGUGGUUUUCACAUGUGCAACCCCAGAAUAAAUUUUUUUUGAGGUGCAGGGUGAAUCAAAUGGAGCUAUACUUAGCUCUAUUCUUGUUCCUUAAACAGGUCUUGAGCCAUCUUUUGAAUAUGUCCUCCUGACCUAAUUGGAAUUGUGAGCUGUGUUGAUGUCAGCUAGAGUUGUUCAACUACUGAAAGCUUUGAAUCAAAUUUAACAUGAAUAUUUGAGAAAGAGUAACUUCCAAUGUGAAAUUCAAUGUGUAAAAUAGGGGGGGGGGGUGAGGGGGGGCAAUUGUGUUGCCAGAGCAAACACGACAAAGUCCAUUCGGAAAAGAACAUUUCUUUUUGUAUAAACAAAAUUACAAAUCUGCAGGUUACCAAAUUGUAGAAAACUGUUGAUUGGAUGAAUCUCUAUGCAGAAAAUAGCCUACUGAACCGUGCACUAGCUCUCCAUCAGAUUUAUAGAACAGUGAUCUCCUCCUGUCCUGUUGAAAAGCACUGUUUCUUUAGGCAAACUUCAUAAAACUGUCCCAGGUUUUUGCUGCAGAAGGAAGUCUGUAGCAUAAGUGCAGUUUCCACAAAAAAGUGAAACAGUAGCAGAAAACAGGUGGUAUGAAAACAUGCACAUACCUUGACAGGCAUACCUAAAAUAAAAAAAAAAUUGUACUGCACGAUUCUGCACACUUAGACGUUUUUUGGCCCCUAAUCUUGCGUUGAGGGUCUCUGAUAUACAUGUAUGUAGCACGUUCUAGUUUUGAGUAGACUGCUAGUAUAACUCAAGUGUAUGGAGUAAUUGAUGUUGAUGUUUUAGAAAACUUUAUGCAGCGUGCUGCUAGUAUCAACAUGGGUGGGAGUUAAAUACAGUGUUAAAAGUGAUAGUGGAAACUGCACUCCUAAACCUGGUAGCCGAUGUAUUAGCAUGCAUUAUUUGUUACUGAGCAGUAAAAGUCAAGUUCAUCGCUUCA